AUGACGAACACGGGUGCGAACAUUGGUCAGAGGCGCAAAGAUGAACGGCGCCCCCGCCCGGUGGUUACAUCCUCGGGAGACGUGACCCCUCGGAACGCCGACGGCGACGAGGUCAACAAGCUGGUAAAGCAGCCAGAGACGCGUCUUAUAGGUCAGGAGCAGCUAGUGGCUGAGGUAAAAGGCAUAUAUGCUGGUCUCGUUAUGGUCGAAAACAAGUGCAUAGAGGUCGACAAUGCACAGAACUCGCUCAACAACGAUUCGGCUUCCCCCCAGCUAAACACCAACCAGUGGCAAGCUUUGAUUGCCUUGCACCGCACGUUGCUACACGAGCACCUCGAUUUUUUCCUCGCCUCUCAGCAUCCUUCGGCAAGCCCAGCGCUGCGUCGUCUGGCUGCCAAAUACGCAAUGCCGGCGCGCAUGUGGCGACACGGCAUUCAUAGUUUUUUGGAGCUUUUAAGGCAUCGUUUGCCACAUUCACUGGAGUACAUGCUCACAUUCAUCUACUCUUCGUAUUCAAUGGUGGCGCUCUUAAUGGCCAUCGAAGAUGACGAUGUUCGCGACAGGGAGGUCUGGACCGCCGUUUCUCGCCAGUGGUAUUCACGAGGUAGCGACAAGGCGCCCACCACCGGACGCCUGUACCACCACCUAGCAAUUUUAGCGAGACCUAACGUUGUAGCACAGCUUUUUUACUACGCCAAGAGUUUGUGUGUGCCCAUCCCCUUCAACAGCGCCAGGGACUCAAUUCUCACCCUUUUCGAACCCAUCAUGGCUGGCACGCACGGUAAGCUGCACGCCGUCGAUCGUGCGUUGGUCAGAUGUCACGGGACUUUCUUCACCGGCAAGGGCGCCGAAGAUCUCGAAGAGGCGCGCGAUGAGUUUCUUUCCAAGCUCGACCUGGCUGUGGCCAAGGGCGCACGCCGCUGGCUUGAGGCUGGAUAUCAAAUCGCCGUGACGAAUCUUUGUUCACUUUUCGGCUAUGGCUUGCCCGCCAACGUUCUCAUGAGGGCACUUGAUGCUUCGACAAGAGAAGCUCCUAUGCCGAAAAUCGUAGUCGCAGACGAGGCGACUUCGGCCGAGACGCAAGCAGCUUCUUCAGAGACGCAGAAAUCGUCCAAAACUGAGGACGAAAACGGACCAGCUGCCACCACGGAAGCCAAAGAGGACGUGAUCGACCCCUUGAAACAUUUUAAACAAGUUCUCCAGUUUGUGGAAAGCACAGAUACGAUUGUCCUUUCACGGCUGGGGGAUCUGAACAUACUUUCUUACACCAUCGUCAAGCUGACGUUUCUGCUUGCGAUGGCUCGCUUGAAGGGCCCAGGUGGUGGCGAGCCGAUAACACCAGCAAUGUCGCACCUCGAGGCAUCUUUUCCUUGGCAUCUACUCUGUUUGUGCUUGAACUCUUUUGCCGCGGGCUUUGAAACCCCCGAGAAAUACGAAACGACCGAGUUUCCGCGUACGGCCGAGGGGAGGCCGCUCCCCGAGGACUGGGCGAUGCGCGGGCUUGUGUGGACAGAUCCGGCAGAGGUGGUUUUCCCGCGCGAGUAUUUCGCCGUCAAUGAAAGCAUGGAGGAAGACGAGAGGACUUUUGAAACGCCAUCGAUGGGAGAGCAACGUCGUGAAAGGUGUCUGUGGCUUGCGUACCAGAUCUCCCAGAUUGGGGCGUCAGGAGACGCCGACAAAAAGGGCAAGGAGGGACGUUGGAUCACGUACGAUCCCGACACAAAGAAGUUUAGUCCGGCCGCGAAGUACGUGUCAGACGUUGAAAUGCGGGCAAAGUUUCUGGACGAUGCGGACGUCGUCCCAGACACGAGCUCGUAAGCGUCAGUUUGGGGCCAGAAAGUACACUUGGAGCAGUUUCAGUACAAGA